AUGGAUCCCCUCACGAGCCUCAGUCUUACCUGUGCCAUCGUCCAACUUGUCGACUUUAGCACCAAGCUCAUCAAAGGCACCGCUGAGAUCUAUGGUUCUGCCACUGGCGCCACCCUCGAAGAUUCAAUCCUCAAAGUCCAUACUCGGCGUCUCAAAGACCUCACAUCCGAUCUGAAACAUGGAACGUCUUCACCGUCGGGUCCACUCGAGAAAAAUCUCCAAGAGCUUGUGGGAGAGUGUCGAAAGUUAUCAGACCAGCUCUUGACAUAUUUGGAGAAGACGGCAGCGAAAGACGGGUCGCUUGUUGCAAGUGCAACGGCUGCGUGGAAUAGCCUCCGAUACAAGGCAGCCAAGAAGGACUUGCAGAGCCAGCUCGACAGUUGCCAGGACCAGCUGACGUUGUACUUGAAUGCCCUGAUGCGGUCGGAGAUAAAGGAAAGGCUGGAAAGCCUUGCCCAAUCCCAACAGUUGAAUGCUCAACGGUUUGCAUCCCUCGAGAGACUGAUGGGGAAGCUUCGUGAAGGAGUUCAUGUCACUUCAUUGGAUGGUGACAUCAAAAGCCAGCUGGGUGAGCUCUUGGGGUUGUCUGGGAGAACCUACGACUCCAUGCGAAAGCGCCGCAUCUUACAAAGUCUCUCCUUCGAGACAAUGCAUUGGCGGAUAGACGAGGUCCACUCAGCACAUAUUGGCACGUUUGAUUGGAUCUUAUGUGAUGGCUCAUUCGUGGAGUGGCUGUCACAUGGCCGCGGCGUUUUUCACAUCGCAGGCAAGCCGGGAUCUGGCAAAUCAACCCUGAUGAGGUUCCUUUGCUAUGAUCCUCGCACGGAAGAGCGCCUUGAACAAUGGGCGGCCGGUAGCCAUGUCGUGCGUGCGAACUAUUUCUUCUGGAGACACGGCGAAAGCGAUCUGCAGAGGAAUCUUGAAGGCUUAUUUCGAGGCUUGCUCCACGACUCGCUCUCUCAAUGCCCCGAUCUGAUUCCAAACGUCCUUCCAGAGCUUUGGGAAGCGUCCAAAUCUUGGGCGAUGCCAUGGCUGUCUGACAGUGGCCUGAAGCUGCAGAAAAACCAGAUUCGUCAUGCAUUCUACAAAAUGAUCAACAAAAGAGACCUGUACCGCGAUCGCCGCUUCUGCUUCUUCAUUGACGGUCUUGAUGAGUACAAAGAAACUACGCGAGAGGACUACGGAGACCUAGUCAAGCUUCUUUUUGAAUGGGUCGACCUCGCUCCACACGACGUCAAGAUGUGCGUAUCCAGCCGGGAACUCACUAUAUUUGAGACUGCACGCUUCAAUCUCGAUCCCAAGUUGAAGCUGAGACUUCAUCAGUUGACAAAAAAAGACAUCGAGACUCUUGUUAGAGAUCGACUUUCGGAACUCUUCCCUUCGAUCGAGGAGGGGGAGAAGUCGCUGGAUCUAUCAUCCUUAACGCAGGCAGUUAUCGCGCGAGCUGACGGUGUCUUCCUCUGGGUGACGUUGGUCCUGAAAUCACUUCGAGAAGGAUGGGCAGAUGGUGACACACUCCCCUUGCUACUGGAAAAGGUCAACUCAACGCCACCUGAGCUGGACGACCUUUUCAGGGAGCUGCUCAUGUCAGUGGCAGGGGCGAACAAACAGCGGGCUUACUUGAUGAUGGCUAUUGCAUUGAGGCUCAAAGACGUCAGCUGGAACAUGUCAACAUUGUUCUGCUUUUUUGUGACGGAAUUUUACACUCCUGGAUUCGCCAAUGAAAAGGAGGACCUCCUAUUGGACCAAUCUGACAAUGAUGAGCGCAUUGCGACGGCGCGACGCAGGAUCAUGGCUUAUUCGAAAGGUCUUCUCGAAGUGACUGAGCACCCAGUGAGAGUUUUUGUUGAGCCCCCAGUGAAUGUUGUGUUUGAAACCACAGGAGAAGUUUUGUCUGAACACACAGGGAAAGUUACCUUUGCUCACCGAUCUGUUUGCGACUUUCUCAAGCAAGGGAAUAUUCGAAACCUCAUCCAGGAAAAGGUUGACAGUUCGGACAUUCACAAGGCGAUAUGUCUAUCAUAUCUGGCCGAGUUGCGCGCGCUAAAACCUUUUCACUGUCACCCAAGCCCACUUCUCUCCAUCUGCAAAGCCGACUGGAGAGACGGCAUGACGCCAUAUCUUCUCGACCGUAUUGACGAAGAGAUUUCCCAGAUGCAGGGGAAUAGUCGUCCCGAAGCAAGCUCAUUGGCGACACUGGAUGACUUUUGGCCCAUCAUUGAUCUGCAAGAAAACCGAGAGCAGGAGAGUUCUGAGAUUUUGACUUGCGAAGCAGGGAGAGAAGGCUUUCUUGAGUAUGUCAAAUGGAAGAUGAACCGCCAUCCAUCUCCCAUUGACAGCGAUGAGGAAGCAGUCAGGCUUUUUGUUACCUGCAUGCUGAGCUGGCUGGAUUCAGGAGACCAGGGAACCCUGAGCAUCCUGGAAUUCAUGCUGGACUCUCGACUCCCGCCAAAUGCGCCGGGCGAAGGAUGGACAAUCUGGCUAGUGGUUCUCAUGGCUCUCAUUGAUUACAACUUGAACCUCUCAGCCAGGUCCCCUGUGCGGUGCAGCCAGUUGAUCGAUAUAUUCCUCCUCAGAGGUGCCGAGACCAGGAUCUCCUUUAACUGCGAAAAAGAAGAAGAUAUGCGCUUAAGGAGAAGACGAGGCAGACACUUCAGACGAGGAAGUCGGGGCGGUUACAGGGUGGUUCUAUGUGUGGGCAAGGAGCGAAUUUGCUACAAGGUUUGGCAACCCUUGUAG